AUGCUUGAGAGAAGAAACAAACGCCGAGAUGAAUUCUUCAUGCGAGUACUUGACAUUUUAAUUUUUACACAAACCUGUGCCUGUCAGCAUCUGUGUACCAUAGCGAUAGAGCGUUGCGCUUCUAUUUGUCUAGCCGGCCGGCCGCCCCGCCCUGGGCAUUUCUUGGCGCGCGGCCAGGAGGAGGGGCGCCGCUGUGGGGUCUUGGGUGGCAGUGUCGAAGCUUGCCGGCCGCAGCCGCGUGCGAGCCAGCGAGCUCCACGCGCGGCGGCAGUGCCGUUGGUUUGUGCCGCCCACACAGGACAAGAAUCGCGCAGACAAAUUUCGCUGCGGGUGCGGCGUGCGCCCGCCUGCGAGCAGCAGACCACUGAGAAAACCCAACUCGGCAAGGAGCGGGAGGCGGCGCGUGGCCGUGUGGUUCUCUUUUUAUUUAUUUGGUGCGCCCCCUGGGCUUGGCCGGCCUCGCUUGCGCGCCCGUUGCGCUUUGGAGCCCC